UGGAGACGGCUCUCUCUCUCUCUCUCUCUGGGCAUAACUUCCUGCCGCCUUCCUCAGUUGCUUUCUCUCUCUACCAGUCUACCUCCCAAGCAAAAACUUGACUCUACAUUAACAAAAUCCCAAGGCCUUUUAAAGGAGGAAGCAAAGACAUUUGGAAGUGGAGGGAGAGCAAGAACAUAGCAAGGGAAGAGGGGCGAGAUGGAGGUGGUGGUGCCUGUCAUGGCGCCAAGCGCACCGUGCAGCCCAAGAACCGCGGCCAUGGCCGGCGGCGACCACCUCCCGGGCUACUGCUACUUCUUCUCCAGCGCACCGACGAGCCCGUCCAGGGCGAGCUACGCCGGGGACGCCUCGCCGGGCGUCAGCGGCGACGAGGCCACGUUUGACUUCACGCUCGGCUUCAGCGGCCAGCUGCAGGAGGCCACGCCGAUCCUCGCCGACGCCGACGAGCUCUUCGAGGGCGGCAGGAUCCGGCCGCUGAACAUGCCGCACCCGAGCAUUCUGUUGAUCGACGACACCUCCUCCACUUCCUACUCCUCCACCGGCCCUCGGUCCCCUAGGAGAGCCGGGGCGCACGGCGGGGAUCAAGCGGAGGCGUUGGGGAGGGGCAGGCCGGGAAGGCCCACCGCCGCGCCUGCCUCCGCCGCUUCGUCGCGCAGCAGGAGAGCCACGCGGUCUCUCUCCCCGUUCAGGGGCGGCGGCGGCAUCGAGGACGACGAGUACCCUUCCUCCCUGCCGUCCCCCCGAACCUCCAUGAUGCGGGGCUGCGGCAGCGGGAGCAAGAAGUGGAGGCUCAAGGACUUGUUCCUCUUCCGGAGCGCGUCGGAGGGCCGCGCCACCGGCGGCGGGAGCAAGGACCCGCUCUUCAAGUACACCAUGCUCUCGCCCUCCACGUCGUUCUCGCACCCUCAGAAGCUCAAGAGCGGCGACGGCAGCGCGUCCAUGCGGAAGGGGAGAGGGUCGACGGCGUCCGCGAGUGACAUGCCGUACCCCAUGAACCGGGCGUCCGCCGAGGACAUGCGGCGGCGGACCACGACGCCGCUGCCGUUCCACCGGAACAGCCUCUUCGGCUACCUGCUCUCCAACCCGGCGAUCCACAGCAUCAGCAGGAAGCUGGGCAACCACUCCUCCAAUCGCGGCAGGCCGACAUGAUCCCCACGCACCGGGUCGCAGUAUGCAUGCGCUGGCCUGGCGCCGCCGUCCUGAAACCUUGACGACGAUGCAGACCUGCCUGAAAUGGCCGCCGGAGAAGCGUCGCCGUUUUACUUGUCCAUUUUUCUUUUUGAUCCCCUCUAAAAUCUCUAUCAGAGAAAAGGACUUAAUUCCAUCAGUUGAUCCCCAAUGGCGGUCUAGCUAAUCCCGCGUCUGCGUGCGCGCCGGAUCGCGACACGUGUCCGGAUUAGCCAACCAAACCCCGCCUCGGUUGGCGUAUUAAAUCGGGGAGACGCAGCUCAUCAACAUGGGAGCACUGUUACGAGAUUCCAUCGGAGUUGCAUUUUCAGAUGCCGCGAGAUCGGUUUUAAUUUGUGGCAAAUUGCCCAUGUCCCUGA